AUGUUCGCAUCAGCGCGAAGGCGGUGCGCGAAAAGCGUCACACAGGCCUCAAUUACAUCCACCGACUCUAUACCGACAUUCCUGCUGCCCGCGCUCCAGAGACCCACAUCCUCAAGGACCUUUACUACAACCGCACCAUGCCAGUCCAAGAUUGGCUCCGCACCGCUCUCAGUGCCUCCCGGGGUGACAUUCAACGUACUCGCACCUUCAACACGAGGUAGAGGAUCCAGAGUCCAACCAAUGUCUACCGUACAAAUCAAGGGACCCCUCGGCGAGCUCUCGAUGGAAGUUCCUCCCUACCUCAACAUCAACCAAGACCCGACCCUGAGCGGACCAACGUUGACGAUAGCGGAUUCGACAGAUGCGAAGCAGAAAGCUAUGUGGGGCACAAUGCGCGCAUACCUUCAAAACCAUAUCCUCGGCGUCAGCGAAGGCCACAGUGCCAUUCUUCGUUUUGUGGGUGUCGGUUUCCGUGCCUCGGUCGAGAACACUGCUACGACCGUUGAAUCGGAGUUCCCUGGCCAGAAGUUCGUGAAUCUCAAGGUCGGAUACUCUCACCCUGUCGAGCUCGGCAUACCAAAGGGCGUAACUGCGAGCACACCACAACCGACACGUUUACUGAUAGAAGGGCCGGAAAAAGAGGUGGUUAUGCAGUUUGCAGCCAACAUAAAAAAAUGGAGGAAGCCGGAGCCAUACAAGGGCAAGGGUAUCUUCGUAAACGGGGAGACGAUCAAGUUGAAGAACAAGAAGAUCAAGUGA